ACUACCAAAUAUAUUCCCACACUUUAUUCCCACACUUUAAUCCCUUACCUUUAAACUAAUCUUCACCAAUGUCCUCUUUCACUCACUUCCUCUCUCCUACUCUACACCCCCUUCCAUCUUCCUCCUCUACGCUAUCUUCUCCCCCAAGCCAUCAAAACCGCUCACUUUUGCAGCAUAAACCUUAUGCAACUCUAACUUCCUCUGCUCCAAUUCCAAAACCCACUUCAGAAAUCCGUUCUAAGCAUUCAUGGCUCGAAACCCUUCGUUCUCAAGCGCGUUCUGGGCUCCCCCUAGAAGCUAUUACCACCUAUAUUUCCAUGUUAAUGGAGGAUGUUUUACCGGACAAUUUCGUAUUUCCCGCCAUUUUGAAGGUGGCUGCGGACCUUUAUGAUUUGAAUUUUGGGAAACAGAUUCAUACCCAGGUAGUUAAAUUUGGAUAUGGGUCGAAAUCAACUACUGUGGAUAAUACCCUUGUGAAUAUGUAUGGGAAAUGUGGUCAUAUUAAAGCUGCGUGUAAGGUGUUUGAUGCAAUGUCUCAGAGAGAUCAGGUUUCGUGGAACUCGAUUAUUUCGGUUUUGUGUAGGCAUGAGGAGUGGGAGGAUGCUUUGGAGGCGUUUUGGGUUAUGCAAAGGGAGAAUGUUGAGCCUAGCUCGUUUACAUUGGUGAGUAUUGUGUCGGUUUGUGGGAAAUUGGGGGUUAUUGAUGGGUUGAGGCUUGGAAAGCAAGUUCAUGCUUAUAGUUUGAGGAAGGGUGACAUGAGUACUUUUACGAUCAAUGCAUUAAUGUCCAUGUAUGCGAAGUUGGGGAAGCUUGAUUGCGCAAAAUUCUUGCUUUACACGUUUGAGGAUCGAAAUUUGGUUACUUGGAAUACUAUUAUAAGUUCGUUCUCACAGAAUGAUCGUUUUACAGAAGCAUUAGAGUUCUUGAAGUUUAUGGUUCAAAAGGGGGUUAGGCCGGACGGAGUAACAGUUGCAAGCGUUUUGCCGGCAUGCUCCCAUUUGGAGUUGUUGGAUUUAGGAAAAGAAAUUCAUGCUUAUGUGACGAGAGAUGAAGAUUUAAGUGAUAAUUCUUUUGUGGCUAGUGCUUUGGUUGACAUGUAUAGCAAUUGUAAACAGGUUACAAGUGGUCGCCAGGUGUUUGAUAGCAUCGAAGUGAGGAGUAUAGCUAUUUGGAAUGCUAUGCUAGCUGGUUAUGCUCUAAAUGGACGUUUUGAGGAAGCAAUGAAGCUUUUCAUACAAAUGCUAGAAGGUGCAGGGCUCUUCCCGAAUCCCACCACAAUGGCAAGUGUUUUACCAUCUUGUGUUCACAGUCAAACAUUCUUAGACAGAGAAGGUAUUCAUGGUUUUGUAAUAAAAUUGGGUAUUAGUGGGAACACAUAUGUAGAAAAUGCUCUUAUGGAUAUGUACUCCAGGAUAGGAAAGAUUGAAAUUUCUAAAGGUUUGUUUGAUAGCAUGGAGCAUAAGGAUAUUGUCUCUUGGAACACGAUGAUAACUGGUUGUGUUGUUUGUGGACAACAUAGUGAUGCUCUUCUGCUGCUCCAUGAGAUGCACCAACUUAAUGAAAGGGACAAUAGUGAUCAUGAAAAUGAGUAUGAUAGAAAAACUUUUCUUAGAGCAAACUCAAUUACCCUCAUGGCAAUCAUUCCUGGUUGUGCUUCCCUAUCUGCAAUGGCUAAAGGGAAAGAGAUCCAUGCUUAUGCUAUUAAAAAUAAUAUGGCAUCAGAUGUUGCUGUUGGAAGUGCUUUAGUUGACAUGUAUGCAAAAUGUGGAUGCUUGACUUUAUCGAAAAAUGUAUUUGAUCAUAUGCCAAAGAAGAAUGUGAUAACGUGGAAUGUGCUAAUCAUGGCUUACGGUAUGCAUGGGCAAGGAGAGGAAGCACUUGGUCUCUUCAGGAAAAUGGUUGCUGAGGUUUCCCUGGGUAGUGAGGUGAAGCCCAAUGAAGUCACAUUUAUCGCUGUAUUUGCAGCUUGUAGUCACUCUGGCUUGGUCAAUGAAGGCCUAAAUAUUUUUCACAGUAUGAGCGAUGAAUAUGGGGUCAAUUGUACAUCUGAUCACUAUGCUUGCUUAGUGGAUCUGCUUGGUCGAGCAGGAAAACUAGAUGCUGCAUAUGAAUUCAUCAAUAGCAUGCCUGCUCAACAUGAUAAAACUGGGGCUUGGAGUAGUUUGCUGGGUGCUUGUCAGGUGCACAAGAAUGUAGAGCUCGGGGAGAUUUCUGCAAGGAAGCUCAUUCAAUUAGAACCACAUAUCGAUAGCCAUUAUGUUUUACUUUCCAAUAUCUACUCAUCUGCUGGGCUUUGGGAGAAGGCAAUGGGAGUCAGGAAGAAUAUGAAGCAGAUGGGUGUGAGAAAAGAACCUGGAUGCAGUUGGAUUGAACUCGGUGAUAAGGUUCAUAAAUUCCUCGCAAGUGAUGCCUUUCACCCACAAAGUGACCAGCUGCAUGGUUUUAUUGAGCAUCUUUCAGAGAGGAUGAAAAAAGAGGGCUAUGUUCCGGACACUUCUUGUGUUCUUCACAAUCUUGAUGAAGAGGAAAAGGAGAGCCUAUUAUGUGGGCAUAGUGAGAAAUUGGCAAUAGCAUUUGGCAUCCUAAAUACGCCGCCUGGACGUACAAUUCGUGUUUCCAAGAACCUUAGAGUCUGCAAUGAUUGCCAUACAGCUACAAAGUUUAUUUCUAAGAUUGAGAAGAGAGAGAUUAUUCUUCGUGAUGUGAGGAGGUUCCAUCAUUUUAAGGAUGGAAUUUGUUCCUGUGGGGACUACUGGUGAACAAUGCUUCAUUCAUUUCCCUGUCCUUACAUCAGUAUGCUGUGGCAGAAGAUAAAUACAUGUUUAAAGGUCUCUUUUAAAGGUAACAUUGUAAUCACCUGCUUCCCAGAGGAGCGGAAAUCUGCUAGGGUGUUACUUGACAGCAUCUAAACUCAAUGGCUUGAUCCAAGAGCAGAUAUUACUGAGAUUCCAAUGCUUUUAGUUACGGAUAUGCCUCAUUCAAGAGAGUUUGUGAAAAAAAUCCCUUGUUCAACAAUCUGCUGUCUAAAACUUGUGUAACCAGCUCAAUGUAUAGCCAAGGGCCAAGUUUGUUCCCCACUUUCUGUGUCAAGCUAGGGACAACUGACCUCUUCGCUUAUGAGAGAAAGAUAUGCAGGACAACCUUUUGUAAUGUCAGAUAAAGAUCCCUGCUUGACGUGGCUUAUUCACAUUAAAUUGGAGAAGGAGUUGACUGCUCAACAAAAGACCAGGUGAAGAUCCUUAAGGGAGUGAAAAUCUGUGUUUGCAACGCUUUUAUACAUACGAGGGAAUAAUAAAGGAAGGGAAUAUGCUUCCUCAGAUUGAUUACAUCUGCUGGUACAUUUAUACGGACGGAAAGCAAAGUUCAUCAUGCAACAUAUUCUUUUCUUUCCUGAUCCAUGAAGCAAGGAUGCAAGCUUCUUCUGGAUACAAAAGAGAAGCAGGCAGAUGAGGAUUGAAUUUGGUGCUGUGAGAAGGAUUCACAAAUGGACUUGUUGCUGUUGCUGUGAGUAAAUGUGAGCUAGCAUGCCAUCUAUUUAUAGUGUAACUAGGACUGCAGGGUAGAAACUAUUUCAUUAGACAGGAUAGAGCAUGAAUUGAACGUGUAUGAGGCGUGUUGGGGAAGUAAAAAGGAAGGCAAGGAUGAUCACAGCACACAAACAAGAACAUGAGGGAUUCAUGCAGCAAAUCUUUUGCUUUUGGUGGAAACGGUGUGGAAAAUUCACAACCUUAGCAGUGAGAAUUUCAGAAACAAUAUAGCCUCUGGUAUUGUAAGACAGCCCUACGAGAAGCGAAUGGCCAAUUCAUUUGGCAACCUUUCUAUAAGGAUCUAGGACAAUCUACUCUUAUCAACGAACUGAGGCCUUAGGGGAUAAGGACAUGCCUGUGUCAGAGGAAGUAGGAAUAAAAUCAGCUGUACUUCAAGUACAGCUGGAAUAUCAGCUUUGAGUCAUUCAUUUUCGUAAACUACGUGUUUAAGAUUCAAGAGAUCACUGCUUUGAUAUCUAAAUCAAUGGAAUUAGCGUGUUAAUUUCUUGUACCGAAGGGUUUGAAGAAGAUGCUGAGGAUAGAAACAACUUGACGCUCAAAGAAUUUCAGAAACAGAAUAGCCUCUGGUUUCAGAAAACAGUCCUGGAAGAAGACAAUGGCCAUUUUGGUUGGAAACCUUUCUAUAGAGAUCUAGGGAGCUCAACAAUGAACUGAGAGGAUAAGGACAAGCCUGCAUCAGAGGAAUAAAAUCAGCUGUAUUUAAAGUACAACAGAAAAUUCAGAUUUGAGUAACCUUUUGUGGUAAUCUUCAAUGCCGGAAAGAAGAUUAUAUCUCUGACAUCCAAAAUCAAUUCUUCUGGAUACAAAAAACAAUCAGGCAGAUGGAGGGUUGAAUGUGGUAUUGCAUUCAGGUUUACUAAUGGAUUUCUUGUUUCUGCUGUGAGUAAAUAAUUCCAGAAACAAGAUAGCCACAGCCCACAGGUAUCAAAAGGCAGCCCUACGAGAAGCCAAUGGUCAUUUUAUUGGCAACCUUCCUAUAAGGAUCUAGUGCAAUCUACCCUUAUUAAAGGACUGAGGGAAUACGUACAUACCUGUGUCAGAGGAAUAAACUCAUCUGUACUUCAAGUACAGCUGGAAUGUCACCUUUGAGUCACCCAUCUGUUGUAAACUACAACGUGCAUAGCAAGAUUGUGGCUCUGACAUCUAAAUCAGGAUUUUUUUCUCCUGUUUUCUCUGUGUAUGGAUGCAAAGAGAAGAAGAUUAUGGAAAUGGAAGUUGGUACGAGGCAACUAAGAUUUGUGGAUAGACUUGCUGUGUUUGCAAUGAAAAAUUUGAACUGCUGCAGCAACCUAUUUAUACAGAGAUUAUCAGGAUGAACUCAGAAAAUAAACACUAGCACAAAGCUAAGGUUAAGGAUCUGACACGGGUACUUAAAGUGAAAUGGAGAGUCCGAGUUUACAUAAGGUACUGAUAGAUGCAGAUGAAUGUGGUCGAGGUUGAACUGUGAUCACAGCUGAAAUUAUUACCCAGCUGUAAAAGUUGAAAGAGGAAACAAGGCCAUGCUGCAAGCAGAUGAAGGAAUAUGAGGGUGAAUAAAUAGCUCUAUGUGUAGUGAAGGGUCACUUAAUUCCAAGGCCAAUUCGGCUGCGGUUCGGAGUCGUGUAUACUUGUUGUCAUGAACCUUUUUUUUUUAACUGCUUUUGUCAGAAAUGAGAAUUGACAGGAAGAUGACAUAGCUUACACAAAGGAAUAUAUGCUGACUUCAGAACUUUGUACAUUGUCAGUACGGAAUGGAAUGUCAACUUUACUAGAUUGAAGA